AUGGAGCACCUGGGCCCCCAUCACCUCCACCCGGGCCACGCGGAGCCCAUCAGCUUCGGCAUCGACCAGAUCCUCAACAGCCCAGAGCAGGGGGGCUCCGUGCCGGGCGUCAACAAUCUCACCGGCCUCACCUUCCCCUGGAUGGAGAGUAACCGCAGAUACACCAAGGACAGGUUCACAGGUCACCCCUAUCAGAACCGGACGCCCCCCAAGAAGAAGAAGCCGCGCACGUCCUUUACGCGCCUGCAGAUCUGCGAGCUGGAGAAGCGUUUCCAUCGGCAGAAGUACCUGGCUUCGGCUGAGCGCGCCGCUCUGGCCAAAGCGCUCAAAAUGACCGACGCGCAGGUCAAAACCUGGUUCCAGAACCGGCGAACGAAGUGGAGACGGCAGACCGCGGAGGAGCGCGAGGCCGAGAGGCAGCAGGCGAACCGCAUCCUCUUGCAGCUGCAGCAGGAGGCCUUCCAGAAAAGCCUGGCGCAGCCGCUGCCCGCCGACCCGCUGUGCGUGCACAACUCGUCGCUCUUCGCUCUGCAGAACCUGCAGCCAUGGUCCGACGACUCCACCAAGAUUACCAGCGUCACGUCGGUGGCUUCCGCCUGUGAGUGAGCCAGACCUCUCUGCCCAGUAAGGGCUCGCCGCUGAGGCCCAAAAGCCAGGACUCUUCCUCGGAUCUCCCGGCCUCGGACUUUAGGCCGAGGGUGUCGCUGGGCACUCGUGCCAAUACUGCUCUCUUCCGUGGAAGAGCCUGAGGGACUGGACAAGACAGCCUCCCAGCCGCCACAUGGCCCAUGCCUGCCUGAACCAUUAAGAGUCUUCUCCGUUGGCAUCUAUGUCAUUUCAUUCUGAUUUUUAAUGUGGGACGGUGACAGAGACAAGGGGCGUGGGGGAGGAAGAGCUCCUGGGGUCCCCAGGGCUGCCUUCUGAACUUGCCCUGAGAAACCAUCGGUUUGUGUUCGGUGCCUCAUCACACACACACACACACGAAUACUCAUAGGCCCACACAGGGGGUUGCUAUUGUCUCACCUGGUGUCACCCCAGAGCCACAUGCGGGAACUAUGGCAGAGGGUGAUGCACACACAGGGUCAUAGCUUUCACACUCUUGACCUUCAAGAUCACGCACAGGCCAGGAGCCACCAGACUCCUUGUGAACAGCAUGGCACUUCCCCUCACACAGACCCAAGGCCAUGGCCACACUGUGACAUUCCACCCUACACACAACAGCCUCACCUGGCCUGCCAGGCCACACCACACACCCAGCCGCACCUAGGUACGCACAUACCCGUUUCCAAACUUAGCCCGUUGCUCCAGAUCCUGUUGGUAGGGGGGGUUUAAGUUAUGCACUUAUAAGGUGUUUUCUGUGUAACCAUUUUAUAAAGUGCUUGUGUAAUUUAUGUGGAAAAAAAUAAAACCCUCCGCAUCAGGAGUCAGGA